AUGAGCCAGGCCAGGCCUCGCUAUGCCAUUGAGCGUCCUGCCUACUCCGUCAGCCUCUUCGACGAGGAGUUUGAGAAGAAAACCAGAACUUAUCCCGUCGGGGAGAAACUGAGAAACCUUUUCAGAUGUUCAGCCUCCAGGUUCAAGCUCACCCUCUUCUGCCUGUUCCCAAUACUGGCCUGGCUUCCCAAGUACAAAAUCAAGGAUUACAUCCUGCCCGAUGUGCUCGGCGGGCUCAGCGCGGGGACAAUCCAAGUGCCACAAGGGAUGGCCUUCGCCCUCCUGGCCAAUCUGCCUCCUGUCAACGGGCUCUACUCCUCCUUCUUCCCCCUGCUCCCCUACUUCUUCCUUGGGGGCAUCCAUCAGAUGGUGCCAGGGACUUUUGCUGUCAUCAGCAUCAUUGUUGGCAACGUCUGCAACGAGCUGGCCCCGGAGUCGGACUUCCAGUACUUCAACCACACCACCAACGAGACCAGUGUCAACACCAGGGCCCUGGAGGCGGCCAGGCUGGAGAUCUCAGCCACCCUGGCCUGCCUGACAGCCGUCAUACAGCUGUGCCUGGGCUUCCUGCAGUUCGGCUUCGUGGCCAUCUACCUGUCCGAGUCCUUCAUCAGGGGCUUCAUGACGGCGGCGGGGCUGCAGAUCCUCAUCUCCGUGCUCAAGUACGUCUUCGGCUUGACGGUCCCGUCUUACACCGGGCCCUUAGCUAUCGUCUACACAUUCAUUGACAUCUGUAAAGGUCUGCCCCAAACCAACCUGGCCUCCCUGGUCUACGCCUUGGCCAGUGCUGUGCUCCUGAUCGUUGUCAAGGAGCUCAACCUCAAGUACAUGAAGAAGAUCCGGAUGCCCAUCCCGAUGGAGAUCAUCAUCGUGAUCGUUGCCACCGCGGUCUCCGGCAGCUUCAACAUGCCCGACAAGUACGGGAUGCCAAUAGUGGGGAAGAUCAGCAUGGGGUUCCCAGAGCCCACGCUGCCCCUGGUGAGCAAGUGGAAGGACAUGGUGGGCACGGCUUUCUCGCUGGCCAUCGUGGGCUACGUGAUCAACCUGGCCAUGGGGAGGACCCUGGCAGCCAAGCACGGCUACGACGUGGACCCCAACCAGGAAAUGCUGGCCCUGGGCUGCAGCAACUUCUUUGGAUCCUUCUUCAAAAUCCACGUGAUCUGCUGUGCUCUCUCUGUCACCCUUGCCGUGGAUGGGGCAGGAGCGAAAUCCCAAGUGGCAAGUUUCUUUGUGGCUCUGGUGGUCAUGGUGACGAUGCUGUCCCUGGGAAUCUACCUGGAGCCUCUUCCAAAGUCUGUGCUGGGAGCCCUCAUCGCCGUGAACCUGAAAAACUCCCUCAAGCAGCUGGCUGACCCCUUCUACCUGUGGAAGAAGAGCAAGCUGGACUGUCUGGUCUGGCUCGUGAGUUUCCUCUCCGCUUUCUUCCUGAGCCUCCCCUACGGCGUGGCGGUGGGCGUGGGAUUCUCCGUGCUCGUUGUGGUUUUCCACACCCAGUUCCGCAACGGCUCUGCCCUGGGCCAGGUGACUUCCACCGACAUCUACAAGAACCCCAAAACCUACAACAAGGUCCAUGAAAUUAAUGGGAUUAAAAUCGUCACCUACUGCUCGCCACUGUAUUUCGCCAACUCAGAGAUAUUCCGGGAGAAAAUUAUAGCCAAGACAGGGGUGGAUCCUGGCAAGGUGUACUUGGCCAGGAGGAAGUUUGUGAAACAGCAGGCAAAGGGCACAGCACAACCACCAGCGAAGCUCCCGAAAUUCCUGCUGAAGGAGAGCAAGACCUUGUCUUUGCAAGAGCUCCAGAAGGACUUUGAGAGCGCCUCUCCAACAGACACCAACAACAACCAGACCACUGCUAACGGUGCCAGCAUCUCCUACAUCACAUUCCACCCUCCUGCCCAGGGGGCUGGGCUGGGGCAGGGCCCCGGGGAGCUGGGCAGCAGCAGCAGCCUGCAGGGCAGCACCUUCACCGACCCUGUGCUGACAGCACCGCCCUACAUCAGCUUCCACACCAUCAUCCUAGACAUGAGCGGGGUGUGUUUCGUGGACCUGAUGGGCACAAAAGCGCUCAGCAAGUUGUGUUCCAGUUACCAGAAGAUUGGGAUUAAAGUCUUCUUGGCAAACGUGCAUGCCCAGGUGUACAACGACAUCAGCACAGGGGGAGUCUUUGAGGAAGGAGGCCUGGACCGAAGUCACAUCUUCCUGACCAUCCACGAUGCUGUUUUGUUUGCACUGGCCAGCAUCAGAGAAUUUGUCCACCCUCCCAUCUUGGAAGAGAGGCAGACCCAGACAGAGCUCUCCAUCUAUGAUGAAUCUGUGGACGAGAGCAGUGCGGAGUACAAGAACCUGGAGGAGGAGAUGUUUGGAAGCAUGUUCCACUCAGAGAGCCAGACAGCUCUGUGA